AUGACUUCAAAACGGUCCUUACCUCAGGCAGAAUUGGAAGAAGAAGUGAGAAAAAUUAUGGAGGGAGGAGACAGUGAUCCAGAACCAUUUGAGGAUAGUGGCAGUGAUUGGGAAGAAGAUAAUAUUGAAGUAGAAUCGAUGAAGGGAUCAGAUGAUUCAAAUGAUGAAUUCUAUUUGGACGAGAAUGUUCCUAUAAAUGAACAAGAAACGACUACUUCGGCAGAGAAAAAGAAUGAUGACGGCCAUGUGGACUCCGACGAUCCCGUACAUCAACCUCAACUUGAACCUUGUAAAACAAAUCACUUUCUAGUUAAACCCAAUAUUUUGAGUUUGAAAGGAAAGAAUGGUCAGAGAUGGACAUCAACACAGCCCAGCAGAACUAAAAGAACUGCUUCAAGAAACCUCAUCCAUUUUGUGGCAGGCCCGAAAGGUGAAGCGAAGGAGUAUGUGACACUGGAAGAAUAUUUUUUACAUUUCUUCUCUGAUCCUAUUCUUGAUAUAAUAUUACUACACACUAAUGAAGAAAUUGUACGACAAAGGCAAAAUUACACGGGUAACAACAAUGUGUCACCUACCACUAAAGAAGAACUACAGGCGCUGUUUGCAAUUUUGAUACUCUCGGCUGCCAAGAAAGACAACCAUCUAUCUAUCUGCCAGACAUAUGUUUGA